AAAACACCGAGAAAAAUCAAAGUGCGUUCAACUUGUAUAAAUGGCGCUGGUAUUGUGUACAUGAAAUUUUAGUGAGAGAGCGAAGAACUACCGAUUAUUUUCUCAUGAAGCCGGCCAGGAUGGCGGGUGUUACUCCGAAAAGGAAAGAGAUCUACAAAUAUGAAGCCCCUUGGACAUUAUAUAGUAUGAACUGGGGAGUUAGACCGGACAAGCGGUUCAGAUUAGCAGUCGGAAGUUUCGUUGAAGAAUAUAAUAACAAGGUUCAAAUUGUAGCACUGAACGAGGAGACGUCAGAGUUUGAAGCAAAGAGUACGUUUGAUCAUCCUUACCCUACCACAAAGAUCAUGUGGAUACCAGACAAUGGUGUGUUUCCGGAUCUCUUAGCAACCAGUGGAGAUUAUCUGAGAGUUUGGCGCGUCGGUGAUACGGAUACAAGAUUGGAAUGUCUUCUGAACAAUAACAAGAACUCUGAUUUCUGUGCCCCUCUGACCUCCUUUGAUUGGAAUGAGGUUGACCCUAACCUCCUAGGGACGUCCAGCAUCGAUACGACGUGUACUAUCUGGGGCUUGGAGACGGGACAGGUCGUUGGCAGAGUUAAUAUGGUGACGGGACACGUGAAAACACAGCUCAUUGCGCACGAUAAAGAGGUUUACGACAUUGCAUUCAGUCGAGCGGGCGGAGGGCGUGACAUGUUCGCGUCCGUCGGGGCAGACGGGUCGGUCAGGAUGUUUGACCUUCGACAUCUGGAGCACUCGACGAUCAUCUACGAAGACCCGCAGCAUCAUCCUCUCCUGCGCCUUGCCUGGAACAAACAGGACCCUAACUACCUUGCUACCAUGGCCAUGGACUCUUUUGAGGUCAUCAUCUUGGAUGUAAGGGUGCCGUGCACACCGGUCGCUAGACUCAACAACCAUAGAGCAUGUGUGAACGGCAUUGCCUGGGCGCCUCAUUCAUCUUGCCACAUAUGCACAGCUGCCGACGACCACCAAGCAUUGAUCUGGGACAUCCAGCAAAUGCCCCGGGCCAUCGAGGAUCCCAUCUUGGCGUACACGGCGGAGGGGGAGAUCAACCAGAUCCAGUGGGCCUCCACGCAGCCGGACUGGAUAGCCAUCUGCUAUAACAACUGCUUGGAGAUUCUUAGGGUAUAGGUAGAGGCAAGAUAUAACAUGUUAUCGAGGAGCGCGUGAACGAGAGCAGAACAGUAUCAAGACGGUUAGAGCGGACGAGUAAGGAUGGACGGACAGACAGACACCAAAAGACAACCGACCAAGAAAUGUAUUGACAUUGCUAUGCCUCUACCUUGCUACAGUAUUGUAUAAUCCUCAAUGAAAUUCAAAUGUAGCCCUCUUAUUAUAAUAGAUUUCAUAUUGCCUAUUCAGAAGGAGAUUAACUGUGUGAUGAAGUAUUUGACUUCAAUCCUUGCUUCGAUCAGAUGAUAUAAGCUCUUUUAUGUAGCGCAACUGAUGCCGUUCAGAAGAGUUUUCCCGUAAGCAUGGACGUUAAAUUAUUGGGAAUUAUUCAGGAAUCAGUCAUGGGCCUAUACACAUUAACUUAUUGUAGUAAACUGUAUUCUUAAGGUCUAAAUAAAUCACUAUUUUCUUCUUAAAUUGGCAAUGAAUUUAUUUCUGUAUCCCUACACAGUUCAAAACGUAGCAACGUUUAUAACAUGAACCAAUGUGCAUCAAAAUGAGUAAACUCUACAAACAAAUGUCCAAUUUGUACUAAAAAAUAGUGAUCAUAAUUUUCACACCGCAUUGCCAAUUUAGAGACUGUAAUGAUUAUGUAAAUGUACAAGGAAUCGUUCUUAUUCAUGAAUGGUUCAAUUUACUGCAUUGGAAAUGGAGUCCAAAUUCUUUGUGAUUUGUUCUCUUCCUGCCCGUAUAUGAUGUUUAAUUCCUAGAAUUCUGGUUCAUAAGAUAUUUUAAAAUGACAUUAAGAGGAGACAUUAAACUGCUGUAGGUUAAUUCAGGGACAUGCUGUAGAUUCCAGUCCUUGUCUAGUAGGUCCAUGGUUAAUUUGCUCUCCUGUGCUAAAGCAAGAAAUCUUACCUAACUUGGUUUCUAUAACCGGGCACUCGUGGUCACCCUCACAGGUUUUUAAAUGUUGCCUCUAUGGCAAGGCAUUGAUCUAUAUUUGCCACACUCCACCCAGGUGAGGUAAAGGGGGACCUGGCAGGAAUUAAUUCCUUAAAGCUGGACUGCACUACUUGUAGCUACUUGUGCCCUCUACUAGUAUAUAGCAAACAAUGCCGAAGCGGUACCCGUUGAUCGCCCAUGGUCCCCUUUUUCUUAUGUUAAUUGAGAGCUGAAUUGAUGAGAUAACCACCUGCCAGUGACCAGGAAGGGAAGGCUAAACCCUCCUGGCCAAACUAGUGCAGAUAGGCUUUAAAAUACUUGAAAUGCUAUUAAUGGCAGCCGUGCUAACGCCGGGGUAAUAAUAAUGGAUCGAAACCAAAAAAAAAUGGAGCCAAACUUGAGUGCUAUACAAGACUCCACUGCUAUUAUUAUUAACAAAUCCAUUCCUUUUUAAAUGCCAUUCCCGCUCUACCAAACUUAAUAAUCUAAAGAAAUACCAGUAGAUAAUAUGGCCACCUAACCACGCUGCCGCGGUGUCCCAUAAUUGAUUUUGACCCAAGUUGCAAAUCGGCCUAUCUGUUGCAUCGAAUACGUGGGGCACCAUAUUGGGAUACCCAAGACUUAUUUGCUUUGUACAUAUUCCAGAAUGACUCGAAUGCAGGAAUAUUCAGGUCUUUGCCAAAACAGUGUAAUAUAUUUGUAGAAUCUUGGCUUAGAAGCCGAUAAGAUUAUCAUGAUGAUAAUCAUGAUGAUGAUGAUGAUGAUGAUGAUAAUCAUUAAACUAUGUUCUGUACAGUGCGUAUCACACGAAUCUAUUCCUAUGAUAUGCUAUUUUAUAUUAAUCAUAUAACUUAUGAUGCGUGUAAAGAUGUUUUUUAAAAGAAAUACAGUCAAACCUGUCUAUAAAGGCCACCCAGGGGUUACACGAAACUAGGCGUUGUGGCGUGUGCCUGUAAUCUAGCUAACAGUGGAAGUUACAAACUGAUUCAGCCGAGGACGCAGGUUCGAAAUUGAGUCGCGUCUUUCGGACGGUGACGUUUAAAGGUCGGUCCCCUGACGUAAAUAAUCAUAUCUGAUUGAUACACGUCUGUAAAAACCCAAUACACACACACACCAAAAAAUAAAAAAAUUGGCCACUACAGGCAGAUGGCCUUUCCAAACAGGUUCUAUAACAAACACUCCAAAAGGGAAGCAAUGUAGGUGACCAAUAUAGACAGGUGGUCUUUAUAUAGAGGUGGCCACUAAUAUAAGUCUGGCUGUAUUGCUGUUUCAAUUGAAUUUACAUGUACAUUCUUGAUACUCUUGUUUUAUAGUCUCGUUCCCAUUUGACGCGGUAAAAAAA